GCUUCAAAUAUGGUGCGCUACUCUCUGGAUCCAGAGAACCCCACGAAAUCAUGCAAGUCCCGGGGGUCCAACCUGCGGGUGCAUUUCAAGAACACUCGAGAGACGGCCCAGGCCAUCAAGGGCAUGCACAUCCGCAAGGCCACCAAGUACCUGAAGGAUGUCACCCUGAAGAAGCAGUGCGUUCCCUUCCGGCGCUACAACGGGGGAGUCGGUAGAUGCGCCCAGGCCAAGCAGUGGGGCUGGACGCAGGGACGGUGGCCCAAGAAGAGCGCGGAGUUCUUGCUGCACAUGCUCAAAAAUGCGGAGAGCAACGCUGAGCUCAAGGGUCUUGACGUGGAUUCUCUGGUCAUCGAGCACAUCCAGGUCAACAAGGCUCCCAAAAUGCGCCGGCGCACCUACAGGGCUCACGGCAGGAUCAACCCCUACAUGAGCUCCCCCUGCCACAUCGAGAUGAUCCUCACCGAGAAAGAGCAGAUCGUUCCCAAGCCGGAGGAGGAGGUUGCUCAAAAGAAAAAGAUAUCCCAGAAGAAGCUGAAGAAGCAAAAGCUGAUGGCUCGCGAGUAAACCUCUGACAGCACAUGUACAUAAAUAAAAUUUUAAAAGAUUUA